AUGGUUCACACUGCAGCUCUAACCACAACUGAGGCUCUAUCCACAACUGGGGCUCUAUCCACAACUGAGGCUCCAACCACUACUGAGACUCCAACCACUACUGAAACUCCAACCACAAAUGAGACUCUAACAACAACUGAGGCUCUAACCACAACUGAGGCUCUAACCACAACUGAGGCUCCAACCACUACUGAGGCUAUAACCACUACUGAGACUCUAACAACAACUGAGGCUGUAACAAUAACUGAGGCUCCAACCACUACUGAGGCUCAAACCACAACAGAGGCUCAAACCACUACUAAGGCUCCAACAACAACUGAGACUCCAACCACAACUGAGGCUCCAACCACUAUUGGGGCUCCAACAACAACUGAGUUUCUAACAACAACUGAGACUCCAACCACUACUGAGGCUCCAACCACUACUGAGGCUUCAACAACUACUGAGACUCUAACAACAACUGAGGCUCUAACCACUACUUCGACUCCAACCACUACUGAGGCUCCAACCACAACUGAGGCGCUAUCCACAACUGAGGCUCUAACCACAACUGAGGCUCUAUCCACAACAGGGGCUCUAUCAACAACUGAGACUCCAACCACUACUGAGACUCCAACCACUACUGAAACUCCAACCACAACUGAGGCUAUAUUCACAACUGAGGCUCCAACCACAACUGAGGCUCAAACCACUACUGAGAUUCCAAAAACAACUGAGACUCACACAACAACUGAGGCUCUAACCAUAACUGCUCUAACCACUACUGAGACUCUAACAACAACUGAGGCUGUAACAAUAACUGAGGCUCCAACCACUACUGAGGCUCAAACCACAACAGAGGCUCAAACCACUACUAAGGCUUCAACAACAACUGAGACUCCAACCACAACUGAGGCUCCAACCACUAUUGGGGCUCCAACCACUAGUGAGAUUCCAACAACAACUGAGGUUCUAACAACAACUGAGACUCCAACCACUACUGAGGCUCCAACUACAACUGAGGCUCCGACAACAACAGAGGCUCUCGUAACAACUGAUACUCCAACUACUACUGAGGCUCCAACAACAACUGAGGCUCCAACCACUACUGAGACUCUAACAACAACAGAGGCUCUAACAACAACUGACACUCCAACCACUACUGAUGCUCCAACCACAACUGAGGCUCCAACAACAACAACGGCUCUAACAGCAACUGAGACUCCAACCACAACUGAGGCUCCAACAACAACAGAGGCUCUAACAGAAACUGAGAUUCCAACCACUACUGAGGCUCCUACCACAACUGAGGCUCCAACCUUUACUGAGACUCCAACAACAACUGAGGCUCCAACCACAAAUGAGGCUCUAAAAACAACUGAGGCUCUUACUGACGCUCCAACCACUACUGAGGCUCCAACCACUACUGAGACUCUAACCAUAACUGAGGCUCCAACAACAACAGAGGCUCUUACAACAACUGAGCCUCCAACCACUACUGAGACUCCAAUCACUACUGAGACUCAAACCACAACUAAGGCUAUAUCCACAACUGAGGCUCCAACCACAACUGAGGCUCCAACCACUACUGAGAAUCCAAAAACAACUGAGACUCAAACAACAACUGAGGCUCUAACCACAACUGAAGCUCUAACCACAACUGAGGCUCCAACCAUAACUGAGGCUCCAACCACUACUGAGAAUCCAAAAACAACUGAGACUCUAACAACAACUGAGGCUCUGACCACUACUGAGACACUAACAACAACUGAGACUCCAACCACUUCUGAGGCUCCAACAACAACUGAGGCUCCAACAAAAACUGGGGCUCUAACAACAACUGAGACUCCAACAACAGCUGAGGCUCCAACCACUACUGAGGCUCCAACAACAACUGAGGCUCUAACCACAACUGAGGCUCCAACCAUUACUUUGGCUCCAACCACAACUGAGGCUCCAACCACAACAGAGGCUCCAACCACUACUGAGACUCUAACAACAACUGAGGCUCCAACCACAACUGAGGCUCCAACCACUACUGAGGCUCCAACAACAACUGAGGCUCUAACAACAACUGAGACUCCAACCACAAUUGAGACUCCAACCAUUGCUGAGACUCCAAUCACUACUAGGACUCUAACAACAACUGAUGCAAUAACCACAACUGAGGCUCCAACCACUACUGAGGCUCCAACAACAACUGAGGUUCCAACCACAACUGAGGCUCUUACAACAACAGAGGCUCCAACCACUACUGAGACUCUAACAAUAACUGAGGCUCCAACCACAAUGGAGGCUCCAACCAGUACUGAGGCUCCAACAACAACUGAGGCUCUAUCAACAACUGAGACUCCAACCAAAACUGAGACUCCAACCACUACUGAGGCGCCAACCACUACUGAGACUCUAACUACAACUGAGGCUCAAACCACAAAUGAGGCUCCAACCACUACUGAGGCUCCAACAACAACUGUGGUUCUAACAACAACUGAGACUCCAACCACUACUGAGUCUCCAACCACAACUGAGGCUCCAACAACAACAGAUGCUCUAGCAACAACUGACACUCCAACCACUACUGAGGCUCCAACAACAACUGUGGCUCCAACCACUGCUGAGACUCUAACAACAACAGAUGCUCUAACAACAACUGAGACUACAACCACUACUGAGGCUCCAACCACAACUGAGGCUCCAACAACAACAGAGGCUCUAACAUUAACUGAGAUUCCAACCACUACUGAGGCACCAACAACAACUGAGGUUCUAACAACAGCUGAGACUCCAACCACUUCUGAGGUUCCAACAACAACUGAGGAUCUAACAACAACUGAGGCUCCAACCACUACUGAGAAUACAAAAAUAACUGAGACUCUAACAACAACUGAGGCUUCAACCACUACUGAGACACUAACAACAACUGAGACUCCAACUACUACUGAGGCUCCAACAACAACUGAGGCUCCAACAACAACUGGGGCUCUAACAGCAACUGAGACUCUAACAACAACUGAGGCUCCAACCACUACUGAGGCUCCAACAACAACUGAGGCUCUGACCACAACUGAGGCUCCAACCACUACUGAGGCUCCAACAACAACUGAGGCUCUAACAACAACUGAGGCUCCAAUCACUACUGAGGCUCCAACAACAAAUGAGACUCAAAUCACUACUGAGGCUCCAACAACAACUGAGACUCCAACCACUAUUGAGACUCCAACCACUACUGAGACUCUAACAACAACUGAGGCUCCAAGCACUACUGAGGCUCCAACAACAACUGAGGCUUCAACCACUAGUGAGGCUCAAACCACUACUGAGGCUCUAACAACAAUUGAGAAAAUAACAACAACUGAGGCUCCAACCACUACUGAGACCCUUACAACAAUUGAGACAAUAACAAUAACUGAGGCUCCAACCACUACAGAGGCUCCAACAGCAACUGAGGCCCCAACCACAACAGAGGCCCCAACCACUUUUAAGGCUCCAACAACAACUGAGACUCCAACCACAGCUGAGGCUCCAACCACUACUGAGGCUCCAACAACAACUAAGGCUCUAACAACAACUGUGACUCCAACCACUACUGAGGCUCCAACCACUACUGAGGCUCCAACCACUACUGAGACUCUAACAACAACUGAGACUCUUAUCACGUCUGAGACUCCAAUAACAACUGAGACUCCAACCACUACUACGACUCCAACCACUACUGAGGCUCCACCCACAACUGAGGCUCUAUCCACAACUGAGGCUCUAUCUACAACUGAGACUCCAAACACUACUGAGACUCAAACCACUACUGAGGCUCCAACCACAACGGAGACUCCAACCCCCACUGAGACUCCAACCACAACUACGACUCUAACAACAACUGAGGCUCCAACCACUACUGAGGCUCUCACCACAACUGAGGCUCUAUCCACAACUGGGGCUCUAUCCACAACUGAGACUCCAACCACUACUGAGACUCCAACCACUACUGAAACUCCAUCCACAACUAAAGCUAUAUCCACAACUGAGGCUCCAACCACAACUGAGGCUCAAACCACUACUGAGAUUCCAAAAACAACUGAGACUCCAAAAACAACUGAGGCUCUAACCACAACUGAGGCUCUAACCACUACUGGGGCUCCAACCACAACUGAGGCUCCAACCACUACUGAGAAUUCAAAAACAACUGAGACUCUAACAACAACUGAGGCUCUAACCUAUAGUGAGACACUAACAACAACUGAGACUCCAACCACUACUGAGGCUCAAACCACAACUGAGACUCCAACCACUACUGAGACUCCGACCACAACUGAGACUCUAACAACAACUGAGGCUCCAACCACUACUGAGGCUCUAACAACAACCGAGGCUCUAUCCACAACUGGGGCUCUAUCCACAACUGAGACUCCAACCAUUACUGAGACUCCAACCAAUUCUGAGGCUCCAACCACAACUGAGACUCCAACCACUACUGAGAUUCCAACCACAACUGAGACUCUAGCAACAACUGAGGCUCAAACCACUACUGAGGCUCUAACCACAACAGAGGCUCUAUCCACAACUGGGGUUCUAUCCACAACUGAGACUCCAACCACCACUGAGACUCCAACGACUACUGAAACUCCAACCACAACUGAGGCUAUAUCCACAACUGAGGCACCAACCACAACUGAGGCUCCAACCACUACUGAGAAUCCCAAAACAACUGAGACUCUAACAACAACUGAAGCUCUAACCACAACUGAGGCUCUAACCACAACUGAGGCUCCAACCACUACUGAGGCUCCAACCACUACUGAGAAUCCAAAAACAACUGAGACUCUAACAACAACUGAGGCUCUAACCACUUCUGAGACAUUAACAACAACUGAGACUCCAACCACUACUGAGGCUUCAACAACAACUGAGGCUCCAACAACAACUGGGGCUCUAACAACAACUGAGACUCUAACAACAGCUGAGGCUCCAACCACUACUGAGGCUCCAACAACAACUGAGGCUCUAACCACAGCUGAGGCUCCAACCAUUACUGAUGCUCCAACCACAACUGAGGCUUCAACCACAACUGAGGCUCCAACCACUACUGAGGCUCCAACAACAACUGAGGCUCUAACAACAACUGAGACUCCAACCACGAUUGAGACUCCAACCACUACUGAGACUCCAACCACUACUGAGACUCUAACAACAACUGAGGCUCUAACCACAACUGAGGCUCCAACCACUACUGAUGCUCCAACAACAACUGAGGUUCCAACCACAACUGAGGCUCCAACAACAACAGAGGCUCGAACCACCACUGUGACUCUAACAACAACUGAGGCUCCAACCGCAACUGAGGCUCCAACCACUACUGAGGCUCCAACAACAACUGAGGCUCUAACAACAACUGAGACUCCAACCACUACUGAGACUUCAACCACUACUGAGGCUCCAACAACUACUGAGACUUUAACUACAACUGAGGCUCUAACCACAAUUGAGGCUCCAACCACUACUGAGAUUCCAACAACAACUGAGGUUCUAACAACAACUGAGACUCCAACCACUAUUGAGGCUCCAGCCACAACUAAAGCUCCAACAACAAUAGAGGCUCUAGCAACAACUGACACUCCAACCACUACUGAGGCUCCAACAACAACUGAGGCUCCAACCACUAAUGAGACUCUUACAACAACAGAGGCUUUAACAACAACUGAGACUCCAACCACUACUGAGGCUCCAACCACAACUGAGGCUCCAACAACAACAGAGGCUCUAACAGCAACUGAGACUCCAACCACAACUGAGGCUCCAACAACAACAGAGGCUCUAACAUUAACUGAGAUUCCAACCACUACUGAGGCUCCAACAACAACUGAGGUUCUAACAACAACUGAGAAUCCAACCACUACUGAGGCUCCAACCACAACUGAGGCUCCAACAACAACAGAGGCUCUAGCAACAACUGACACUCCAACCACUACUGAGGCUCCAACAACAACUGAGGCUCCAACCACUAGUGAGCCUCUAACAACAGCAGAGGCUCUUACAACAACUGAGACUCCAACCACUACUGAGGCUCCAACCACAACUGAGGCUCCAACAACAACAGAGGCUCUAACAGUAACUGAGAUUCCAACCACUACUGAGGCUGCAACCACAACUGAGGCUCGAACCUCUACUGAGGCUCCAACCACUACUGAGGCUCCAACCACAACUGAGGCUCUAACCACAACUGAGGCUCCAACCUCUACUGAGGCUCCAACAACAACUGAGGCUCCAACCACAACUGUGGCUCUAAAAACAAACGAGGCUCUAACAACAACUGAGGCUCCAACAACAACUGAGACUCUAACAACUACUGAGGCUCCAACCACAACUGAGGCUCCAACCACUACUGAGACUCUAACCACAACUGAGGCUCCAACAACAACAGAGGCUAUUACAAAAACUGAGGCUCCAACCACUACUGAGACUCCAAUCACUACUGAAACUCCAACCACAACUAAGGCUAUAUACACAACUGAGGCUCCAACCACAAUUGAGGCUCCAACCAAUACUGAGAAUCCAAAAACAACUGAGAUUCUUACAACAACUGAGGCUCUAACCACUACUGAGGCUCCAACAACAGCUGAGGCUCCAACCACUACUAAGGCUCCAACAACAACUGAGGCUCUAACCACAACUGAGGCUCUAACCAUAACUGAGGCUCCAACCACAACUGAGGCUCCAACCACUUCUGAGAAUCCAAAAACAACUGAGAUUCUUACAACAACUGAGGCUCUAACCACUACUGAGGCUCCAACAACAGCUGAGGCUCCAACCAUUACUAAGGCUCCAACAACAACUGAGGCUCUAACCACAACUAAGGCUCCAACCAUUACUGAGGAUCCAACCACAACUGAGGCUCCAACCACAACAGAGGCUCCAACCACUACUGAGACUCUAACAACAACUGAGGCUCCAACCACAACUGAGCCUCCAACCACUACAGAGGCUCCAACAACAACUGAGGCUCUAACAACAACUGAGACUCCAACCACAAUUGAAACUCAAACCACUACUGAGACUCCAACCACUUUUGAGACUCUAAUAACAACAGAGGCUUUAACCACAACUGAGGCUCCAACCACUACUGAGGCUCCAAUAACAACAGGGGCUCUAACCACUACUGAGACUCUAACAACAACUGAGGCUCCAACCACAAUUGAGACUCCAACCACUACUGAGGCUCCAACAAUAACUGAGGCUCCAACAACAACUGAGACUCCAACCACAACUGAGGCUCCAACCACUUCUGAGACUCCAACCACUACUGAGACUAUAACUACACCUGAGGCUCUAACCACAAAUGAGGCUCCAACCACUACUGAGACUCCAACAACAACUGAGGUUCUAACAACAACUGAAACUCCAACCACUACUGAGGCUCCAACCACAACUGAGGCUCCAACAACAACAGAGGCUCUAGCAACAACUGACACUCCAACCACUACUGAGGCUCCAACAACAACUGAGGCUUUAACCACUGCUGAGACUCUAACAACAACAGAGGCUCUAACAACAACUGAGACUCCAACCACUACUGAGGCUUCAACCACAACUGAGGCUCCAACAACAACAGAGGCUCUAACAGCAACUGAGACUCCAACCACAAAUGAGGCUCCAACAACAACAGAGGCUCUAACAGAAACUGAGAUUCCAACCACUACUGAGACUCCAACCACAACUGAGACUCCAACCUCUACUGAGGCUCGAACAACAACUGAUUCUCCAACCACAACUGAGGCUCUAAAAACAACUGAGGUUGUAACAACAACUGAGGCUCAAACAACAACUGAGAUUCUAACAACAACUGAGGCUCCAACCAAUACUGAGGCUCCAACAACAACUGAGACUCUAUCAACAACUGAGGCGCUAACCACAACUGAGGAUCCAACUAAUACUGAGGCUCUUACCACAACAGAGGCUCUAAAAACAACUGAGGCUCCAACCACUUCUGCAACUCUAACAACAUCUGAGUCUCCAACCACUACUGAGGCUCCAACCACUACUAAGAAUAUAACAACAACUGAGGCUCUAACAACAACUGAGGCUCCAACAACAACUGAGAAACUAACAACAACUGAGGCUGUAACCACAACUGAGGUUCCAACCACUACUGAGCCUCUAACAACAACAGAGACGCCAACCACUACUGAGACUCCAACAACAACUGAGGCUCCAACAACAACUGAUGCUUUAACCACAACUGAGGCUCCAACCACUACUGAGGCUCCAACAACAACUGAGGCUCUAACAACAACUGAGGUUCUAACAACAAAUGAGGCUCCAACCACUACUGAGGCUCUAACAACUACUGAGACUCUAACAACAACUGAGACUCUAACCACACCUGAUGCUCUAACAACUGCUGAGGCUCUAACAACAACUGAGGCUCCAACCACUACUGAGGCUCCAACCACUACUGAGGCUCCAACCACUACUGAGGCUCCAACAACAAUUGAGGCUCUAACCACUACUGAGGCUCAAACCACUACUGAGGCUCAAACAACAACAGAGGAUCUAACAACAACUGAGACUCCAACCACUACUGAGGCUCCAACAACAAUUGUUGCUCUUACCACAAUUGAGGCUCCAACCACUACUGAGACUCCAACCACAACUGAGGCUCCAACAACAACAGAGGCUCUAACAACAACUGAGACUCUAACCACUACUGAGGCUCUAACAACAACUGAGGCUCUAACCACAACUGAGGCUCUAACCACAACUGAAGCUCCAACCACAACUGAGGCUCCAACAACAACAAUAGAGUCUCUAACAACAACUGAGACUCCAACCACUACUGAGGCUCCAACAACAACUGAGGCUACAACCACAAAUGAGGUUCCAACCACUACUGAGGCUCUAACAACAACUGAGAUUACAACCACAACUGAGAUUCCAACCACUACUGAGGCUCCAACAAUAACUGAGGCUCCAAAAACAACUGAGGCUCUAACCACUACUGAGGCUCCACCCACUACUGAGACUCAAACAACAACUGAGGCUCUAACCACAACUGAGGCUCCAACUAAUACUGAGGCUCUAACCACAACAGAAGCUCUAAAAACAACUGAAACUCCAGCCACUACUGAGGUUCUAUCCAAUACAGAGACUCCAACAACAACUGAGGCUCCAACAACAACUGAGGCUCUAACCACAGCCGAGGCUACAACCACUACUAAGGCUCCAACAACAACUGAGGCUCUAACAACAAAUGAGGCUCCAACCACAACUGAGGCUCUAACAACAACUGAGGCACUAACAACAACUGAGGCUCUAACAACAACUGGGGCUCAAACAACAACUGAGGCUCCAACCACUACUGAGGCUCCAACCACUACUGAGAAUCUAACAACAACUGAGGUUCUAACAACAAAUGAGGCUCCAACCACUACUGAGGCUCUAACCACUACUGAGACUCUAACAACAACUGAGACUCUAACCACAUCUGAUGCUCUAACAACUGCUGAGGCUCUAACAACAACUGAGGCUCCAACCACUACUGAGGCUCCAACUACUACUGAGGCUCCAACAUCAAUUGAGGCUCUAACCACUACUGAGGCUCCAACCACUACUGAGGCUCAAACAACAACAGAGGAUCUAACAACAACUGAGACUCCAACCACUACUGAGGCUCCAACAACAAUUGUUGCUCUUACCACAAUUGAGGCUCCAACCACUACUGAGACUCCAACCACAACUGAGGCUCCAACAACAACAGAUGCUCUAACAACAACUGAGGCUCUAACCACUACUGAGGCUCUAACAACAACUGAGGCUCUAACAACAACUGAGGCUCUAACCACAACUGAAGCUCCAACCACAACUGAGGCUCCAACAACAUCAAUAGAGGCUCUAACAACAACUGAGACUCCAACCACUACUGAGACUCCAACCACUACUGAGACUAUAACUACACCUGAGGCUCUAACCACAAAUGAGGCUCCAACCACUACUGAGACUCCAACAACAACUGAGGUUCUAACAACAACUGAAACUCCAACCACUACUGAGGCUCCAACCACAAUUGAGGCUCCAACAACAACAGAGGCUCUAGCAACAACUGACACUCCAACCACUACUGAGGCUCCAACAACAACUGAGGCUCUAACAACAACUGAGGUUCUAACAACAAAUGAGGCUCCAACCACUACUGAGGCUCUAACAACUACUGAGACUCUAACAACAACUGAGACUCUAACCACACCUGAUGCUCUAACAACUGCUGAGGCUCUAACAACAACUGAGGCUCCAACCACUACUGAGGCUCCAACCACUACUGAGGCUCCAACCACUACUAAGGCUCCAACAACAAUUGAGGCUCUAACCACUACUGAGGCUCCAACCACUACUGAGGCUCAAACAACAACAGAGGAUCUAACAACAACUGAGACUCCAACCACUACUGAGGCUCCAACAACAAUUGUUGCUCUUACCACAAUUGAGGCUCCAACCACUACUGAGACUCCAACCACAACUGAGGCUCCAACAACAACAGAGGCUCUAACAACAACUGAGACUCUAACCACUACUGAGGCUCUAACAACAACUGAGGCUCUAACCACAACUGAGGCUCUAACCACAACUGAAGCUCCAACCACAACUGAGGCUUCAACAACAACAAUAGAGUCUCUAACAACAACUGAGACUCCAACCACUACUGAGGCUCUAACCACAACUGAAGCUCCAACCACAACUGAGGCUCCAACAACAUCAAUAGAGGCUCUAACAACAACUGAGACUCCAACCACUACUGAGGCUCCAACAACAACUGAGGCUACAACCGCAAAUGAGGUUCCAGCCACUACUGAGGCUCUAACAACAACUGAGAUUACAACCACAACUGAGAUUCCAACCACUACUGAGGCUCCAACAACAACUGAGGCUCCAAAAACAACUGAGGCUCUAACCACUACUGAGGCUCCAACAACAACUGAGACUCUAUCAACAACUGAGGCUCUAACCACAACUGAGGAUCCAACUAAUACUGAGGCUCUUACCACAACAGAGGCUCUAAAAACAACUGAAAGUCCAGCCACUACUGAGGUUCUAACCAAUACAGAGACUCCAACAACAACUGAGGCUCCAACAACAACUGAGGCUCUAACCACAACCGAGGCUACAACCACUACUAAUGCUCCAACAACAACUGAGGCUCUAACAACAAAUGAGACUCCAACCACAACUGAGGCUCUAACAACAACUGAAACACUAACAACAACUGAGGCUCUAACAACAACUGAGGCUCAAACAACAACUGAGGCUUCAACCACUACUGAGGCUCUAACAAUAACAGAGGCUCUAACAACAACUGAGACUCCAACAACUACUGAGGCUCCAACAACAACUGAGGCUCCAACCACUUUUGAGGCUAUAACAACAACAGAGGCCCCAACCACAACUGAGACUCCAACCACAACCGAGGCUCUAACAACUACUGAGACUCCAACCACUACUGGGGAUCUAACAACAACUGAGGCUCUAACGACAACUGAGGCUCCAACCACUACUGACACUCUAACAACAACUGAGACUCCAACCACUACUGAGACUCAAACAAUAACUGAGGCUCUAUCCACAACUGAGGCUGUAACCACUACUGAUAUUCUAACCAGUACUGAGGCUCCAACAACAACUGAGGCUCCAACAACAACUGAGGUUCCAACCACUACUGAGGCUCCAACCACUACUGAUGCUCCAACCACUACUGAGACUCCAACAACAACGGAGGCUCCAGCAAGAACUGAGGCUCAAACCACAACUGAGGCUCCAUCCACAACUGAGGCUCUAACAAAAACUGAGACUACAACCACUACUGAGGCUCCAUCAACAACUGAGGCUACAACCACAACUGAGGCUUCAACCACAACUGAUUCCCUAGCAACAACUGAGACUCCAACAACAACUGAGGCUCCAACAGCAUCUGAGGCUCUUAUCACAACUGAGGCUCCAACCACUACUGAGACUUUAACAACAACUGAGGCUCCAACUCCUUCUGAGUCUCCAACCACUUCUGAGGCUCCAACCAUUACUAAGACUUCAACAACAACUGAGGCUCCAGCAACAACUGAGGCUCUUACCACAACUGAGGCUUCAACCACUACUGAGGUUCCAACAACAACUGAGGCUCUAACCGCAACUGAGGCUCCAACCACUACUGAGGCUCCAACCACUACUGAGGCUUCAACUUCUACUGAGGCUCCACUCACAACUGAGUCUUCAACAACAACUGGGGCUCUAACAACAACUGAGACUCCAACUACUUCUGAAGCUCUAACAACAACUGAGACUCUAAACACAACUGAGGCUCCAACCACUACUGAGGCUCCAAUCACAACUGAGGCUUCAACAACAUCUGAUGCUCUAACAACAACUGAGACUCCAACUACUACUGAUGCUCUAACAGCAACUGAGACUCUAACCACAACUGAGGCUCCAAAUACUUCUGAGGCUCCAACCACUACUGAGGCUCCAAACACCACUAAGGCUUUAACAACAACUGCGGCUCCAACCACUACUGAGGCUCUAACAACAACUGAGACUCCAACCACUACUGAGGCUCCAACACCAACUGAGACUAUAACAACUGAGGCUCCAACCACUACUAAGGCUUCAUUCACUACUGAGACUCUAACAACAACUGAAACUCUUACAACAACUGAGACUCUAACAACAACUGAGACUCUAACCACUACUGAAUAUCUAUCCACACCUGAGGCUCCAACCACUACUGAGACUCUAACCACAACUGAGGCUCUAACAACAACUGAGGCUAUAACCACUAAUGAUGCUCUAACCACUACUGAGACUCUUACCACAACUGAUUCUCUAACAACAACUGAGGCUCCAACCAUAACUGAGGCUCCAACCACUUCUGAGAUUCUAACAACAACUGAAGCUCCAACCACUACUGAGACUCCAACAACAACUGAGACUCCAACCACUACUGAGACUCCAACCACUACUGAGACUCCAACAACAACAACUGAGAUUACAACCACUACUGAGGCUCGAACCACUACUGAGACUCUAAAAACAACUGAAACUCCAACUACUACUGAGACUCUAACAACAACUGAGUUUCCAACGACAACUGAGAAACUAACAUUAACUGAGGCCCUAACCACAACUGAGGUUCCAAGCACUACUGAGACUCUAACCACAACUAAGACUCUAACAACUACUGAGGCUCUAACCACAACUGAGGCUCCAACCACUACUGAGACUCUAACAACAACUGAGACUCUACCAACAACUGAGGUUCUACCAACAACUGAGGCUCUAACCACAACUGAGGCUCCAACCACUACUGAGGCUCCAACCACUACUGAGGCUCUAACCACAACUGAGGCUCCAACAACAACAGAGGCUCUAACCACAACUGAGGCUCCAACCGCUACUGAGACUCUAACAACAACUGAGACUCUAACAACAACUGAGGCUCUAACCACAACUGAGGCUCCAACCACUACUGAGACUCUAACAAAAACUGAGACUAUAACAACAACUGAGGCUCCAACCACUAUUGAGACUCUAACAACAACUGAUACUCUAACAACAACUGAGGCUCUAACCACAACUGAGGCUCCAACCACUGCUGAGACUCUAACAACAACUGAGACUCUAACAACAAAUGAGACUCUAACAACAACUGAGACUCUUACAACAACUGAGACUCCAACCACUAAUGAGGCUCUAACAACAACUGAGGCUCCAACCACUACUGAGACUCUAACCACAACUGAGACUCUAACCACAACUGAGGCUCUUUUCACUAUUGAGACUCUUACAACUACUGAGACUCUAACAACAACUGAGGCUCCAACCACAACUGAGAUUCUAGCAACAACUGAGAUUCUAAAAACAACAGAGGCUCCAACAACAUCUGAGACUCUUACAACUACUGAAACAACAACCGCGGAUGCAACAACAACUGUGUCCGAAACAACAAGUGUGGCUGUUACAACAAUAGUAGCUGCUACAACAACUGCGGAAUCUACAACAACUGCGAUAGAAUCAACAACUGCGGCUGCUACAACAACUGCGGAAGCUACUACCACUUCGGCCGAAACAACAACUGCGGCAGCAACAACAACUGCAGAAGUCACUACAACUGCGGCAGCUACAACAACGGUAGCUGCUACAACCACUGCCGUAGAAACAACAACUGGGGUAGAAACAACAACUGGGGCUGAUACAUCAACUGCGAAAGCUACAACAAUUUGGGCUGCUACAACAACUGUAGCUGCUACAGCAAGUGCGGAAGCUACGCCAUCUGUGCCAGAGACAACACAUAAUGACAGCACUACCACUCCUGCUACAACAGAGACAAAUACUGACAGCACCAUCACUCCUGCUACAACAGAGACAAGUACUGACAGCACCACUCCUCGUGCUACAACAGAGACAAUUACUGAGAGCACCACCACUCCUGCUACAACAGAGACAAAUACUGACAGCACCACCACUCCUGCUACAACAGAGACAAUUACUGAGAGCACCACCACUCCUGCUACAACAGAGACAAUUACUGAGAGCACCACCACUCCUGCUACAACAGAGACAAGAACUGAGAGCACCACAACUCCUGCUACAACAGUGACAAGUACUGAGAGCACCACCACUCCUGCUACAACAGAGACAAUUACUGAGAGCACCACCACUCCUACUUACAACAGUCUCAAGUACUGAUAGCACCACCACUCCUGCUACAACAGAGACAAAUACUGACAGCACCACCAAUCCAGCUACAACAGUGACAAUUACUGAAAGCACCACCACUCCUGCUACAACAGUGACAAUUUCUGAGAGCACCACCACUCCUGCUACAACAGAGACAAA